UUUGCAGGGGGACGGAUACUUCUCAAUCUCAUUGACUCAAGUUUCACGUUUCCCAAGAUUUAUCUUUUUUAUUUGACCUCUCCCCACUUAUCACACAAGCUGAAGUUUUGAAAGCGCUGUUAUGUGAACUUCGGGGAUUUUUGUUUAAUGUUUAGCAAGAUUACAAAAGUAAGGACCACCAGUUUUUAGGCUAUUUGUCGGCGCGCUGAAAGUUCGAGGAGAUGAAUUCGACAGCAUUCAAUCACACGGACAGCGGCCUCUUUUCUAAUAGGAGUGAGGGGAUUCUGAAGUGCUGUAACCUCUCAUCUGUAGUGACAGAUAACGGUUUUGUGGCUACGGCACCGGACGAGAGGAGUCUCUUCAUCAUGAGAGUUGUGCAAAUAGCGGUCAUGUGCGUGCUCUCACUGACCGUGGUCUUUGGCAUUUUCUUCUUGGGCUGCAACCUUCUCAUAAAAUCGGAGGGAAUGAUCAACUUUUUGGUUACGGACAGAAGACCGUCGAAAGAGGUGGAGGCAGUGAUUGUCGGUGCGUACUAACGCAGAACACUUCGGGAGACGGACACAAGCUGAAUGCGAACGUUUAGCUGUAAACAACUUGAUGCCUUCCCCAGUACUUCAGCCCCGGCGUAAUCAAGUUUGCAUACGAGGACAAAUUAUGCAUUUGCUAUACACGGAAAGAUCAUAUUCGGAUCUAUUCUCCUGCAUGGACAGCUCACGAAACCGAUGUACCGAUGGGACCACUGGAUACGAUUCAGGAGUUUUUUCCCCUGAUAUUCGUGUGCCAUUUUCCCUGUCGCCAAAGCCUAUCUGUUUAAGAAUGUGCAUAAUUACUGCUCAAACAUGGACACAACUCCGAGAAGGAGCUUGAAUUAGAGCUAUUUGUAAAAUAUUUAGAUACUGACAUUUUGCCUUCUGUUGGACUGAAAGUAACGGGACCGAAGUGUUUUAACUAUAAGUGAAAUGCAAAAAGUACAGAUAUAGUCUUUUUUAAAAAUACGAAAGUACACAAUGUAAUUUAUACUGCUGGUGUAGGCAUACAGUGUGCAAUACCAUGUUUCUUUUUAUU